AAUGUGCACUGUCAAACCAAGCGAGAGGAGUUUCUCCUUGUGGAAUUGUGACAGCUCUGGAGUCCAGGGGGACUUGUCCAAACCAGGGGAAUGGUUAGCCUGGCUCUUCAGCAUGAUUUGUGUCAACACCAGUACUAAAGGUGGGCCUUGGCUGUACCAAAAUGCUCUGCUGAGACCUUCCUCUCCCAACUGAGACCUAUACUACUAGUGCUGGAAGAGGACCUUCCCUAGGGAAGAAAAUGUAUUUACGUUAGCAGGUGAUAGCUUACUGUGUGAUGGAAAACUUUGUACAUCUUCAUAGAGUCAACGUCGAGUGAAGUUUGAACAGGUGAGUAAGUCAAGGAUCUUCUGUACAGCUGCAGGCUGGAUCCGGAGAGUAAAAUGCUGGAGAAGAUUCAGAAGAUGCUGACAAUCCGUAGCAGCUCCAUCAGGGAGCUGCUGGCUGAAGCACUGGGGAUGUACGUGCUGAUGGUCUUGGGCUUAUCCUCUGUGGCACAAGUGGUAUUAGGAAAAGGAGAAUUUGGGCAGUAUCUGAGCAUCAAUUUGGGAUUUGGCAUUGGGGUCACCAUGGGGAUCCAUGCAGCUGGAGGCAUCUCUGGAGCUCAUCUGAAUGCUGCCAUCACACUCACACAUUGCAUUUUUGGAAACCUCCCCUGGAGAAAGCUUCCAGCUUAUCUGCUUGGCCAGUUCCUGGGCUCCUUUCUGGGAGCAGCCACUGUCUUUGGACUCUACUAUGACGCACUGUGUGACUACACCAAGGGGAAUUUUACGGUGACUGGACCAACUGGCACUGCAUCGAUCUUCUCCACUUACCCUUCUCCCUAUAUGUCCUUAUCUGGGAGCUUUUUCACAGAGUUUAUGGCCACGGUGAUGUUGUUCUUGGGCAUUUUGGUCAUCCAUGAUGAGAAAAAUAAUGAAGCCCUGAAAGGCACACAGGCUCUGCUCACGGGUAUCCUGGUUCUGGGCAUCGGCAUGGGGAUGGGAAUGAAUACAGGCUACGCCAUAAACCCCUCCCGGGACCUGCCACCGAGAAUCUUCACAGCAAUUGCUGGCUGGGGAGUGGAUGUCUUCAGGGCUGGAAAUUACUGGUGGUGGGUGCCACUCGUAGCUCCAACACUGGGAAGUCUUGCUGGUGGUUUAAUCUACAAACUCUUAAUUGAUAUUCACAAUCAACCUGUCCUGGAGCGUGGAAAUGAGAAAGGACAAACAGUCAUUGAAAGUUCCACAUUGUGAUGGCCAUGCUGACAGCAAAUCCUGGGUGGGCACAUGCAUUAACAGCUGAAGAGUAACCAAGUGGGUAAGGGUAUGUGCAAUGGCAUUGUUGAAGUGCAUGCUUUUCUCACCUUGCAGGUGAAUAAAUGAGAGAGUAGCUUAAAAUAAAUCUGUUCUGCUUAACCAGACAAACAUGGUCUCUGAGACACUGGGCAGACCUGAGAAGGGCUAGACCUGAUUAUGAACUGAAGAAAUUAUUCAAUCUUUCUGAGUAAAAAUCUGCCCCCCAAAAUCACAUUCUGGAGAUGCAAAACUCCAGUCACCUAUAAGUUAAUUGCAAAACAAAUGUAAGAUUCAAGAUGGCUGGAAUAAAAAUCAGUCAAGUGAAAAUAAGGGAAUACCUGCACUGUUGCAGAAACAAAGAAGUUUUGAUCUGGAAUACUCUGCUAAAAAAUUGCAGAUAUUACACUGUAUGUGUUUUUACAAUGAAUCAGGGGCUCAGAUUUGUUUCCAUUUGCUAAUCUGCCACCUUAACUAUUAUUCAGUUUGUCAGAGCACAGAGAAUCAGGUUGGAGGGGACCUUGAAGAUCAACUAGUUCCAGCCGCCUGCAGUGGACAAUGGGCAGGCUUGCCAACCAAUAAAUCAGGCUGCCAAAGGCCCCAUUCAACCUGGCCUUGAAUGUCUAUAGAGAAGAGCAAAGACAAUCAAAUAAAGAACUAGUCUGGAGAGUUUUCCUCACUGAACAUAGCCUCACUGGAACAGACUAGAUAUUUUGCACUAUGCAGGUGUGACGGAGCCACAUGCAUUAUAUCUGAUGGGUUAGACUUUAACUACAACCUUAUGAGAGGAGUCAGACAACUUCUGUGGCAGCAUCCACAUGUCAAGAUCCAAAUGUCAAGAAAACUUGAUUCUCCACUUUGAUGUAAGAGAAGCACGGGAAUACAGCACUGUGCUCCUGCAUCAAUUCUGCAACAUACGUCUGAAUGAGGAAAUGGGCAAGCAGUAGACUUGCAGAUCUGUAGCACCACUGGACCAAAAGUACAACACUCAGCAGUAUCAGUCUAUCUCCAGGCUGGGUGAUAAGGCAAACUUUUCUGGGAGAUGCAUUAGCAAAUAUGGUACAUAUGUCAGGAAUAUGACUGUGGUACAAGGGCUGGACACUACAGAGACACAAUACAUGGCUCUGCACUGUUCAUCAUCACUGUCACACAGAAUUUCAAAACUGGCAUUUACUGGCUUUAACAGCCAUUCACGUCACAAUACCAAAAGGAUUACUGCUGUAUUACUGUGGCAUGGGAUUAGAUGUAGGUACCAUAUCUGUUUCCUCAUUAGAGUUCAUAUUUCAUUAGUAGAGCAGCUACUCUGGGCACAAGAUGCACAUCAGCUUAAGAGGGCAAAAGAGUACAAGAGGAUUUUCUUAUGUAGGGGUGGUAGAGGGCAGAUGUCAGGCAACUCCUGUGGUCUCUGUCAGCAAUCUCCAUUAAAGGUGGGCUGCAGUAAGUGCUAGAAGCCAGCAAAGCAUAUCAAAGCCAGAGAUGCUGGCUGCAGAAAUCCUGAACAGUGAACAUAGAAUGGAAGUAGAAAAGCUGUCACACUGAUGAGCCUUUUCAUCUAUGCAGCUCAUGGUGGGAUCAGCUUAAAAGAUGUGUAACUUAUCCCUUCUCAGUGGAAGUCUCUCUGG